UCUUUAAAAACCAACUUUUUUUUAGCCAAACCCAGUUUGGGACUUUCUUCUUCUUUUUUGCACUCAGACAAUGGCUACAACAAGUUCUGGUUUGAGACCAGCACAAAGGGCUGAAAGGCAAAGAAGUACCCAACAGCCACAAGGUCUAAGCCAUGCUGGGAAUUUAUUAACGAGAAGUUUAAAUAAUGGGCAACAGUCUCUUCUUCGUUCAAAGGAGGCUAAGCCUCCUUCUGCUUCUUCCAGACGUUCAGUUACUCCAACUUCUCGUUCUCACUCUAGGGACUUCGAAGAUGACAAUGAUCCUGGAAGGGUGAGAGUUGCUGUCAGGCUUCGGCCAAGAAAUGCUGAGGAUCUGCUUUCAGAUGCUGAUUUUGCUGACUGUGUUGAAUUGCAGCCAGAGCUGAAGCGGUUAAAGUUGCGAAAAAACAACUGGAGUUCUGAAUCUUACAAAUUUGACGAAGUCUUGACAGAAACUGCCUCUCAAAAGCGUGUUUAUGAAGUGGUAGCAAAACCUGUAGUCGAGAGUGUAUUGGGUGGUUAUAAUGGGACAGUUAUGGCUUAUGGUCAAACAGGCACUGGAAAAACUUUUACACUUGGCAGACUUGGUAAAGAUGAUGCAUCUGAACGCGGUAUUAUGGUUAGAGCUCUAGAAGACAUAAUGGGCAACAUAACCAUUGCUUCUGACACUGUGGAAGUCUCGUAUUUGCAGUUGUAUAUGGAAUCUAUACAAGAUUUGCUUGCACCAGAAAAGACAAAUAUCCCUAUUAAUGAGGAUCCCAAGACUGGGGAAGUGUCAUUGCCUGGUGCUGUUACAGUGAAGGUUCGUGAUCUAGAUCAUUUUCUAGAGCUACUGCAAAUUGGUGAGGCUAAUCGUCAUGCAGCUAAUACAAAGCUAAAUACAGAAUCUUCACGUAGCCAUGCAAUUCUAAUGGUUUAUAUCCGGAGGUCUGUCCCUGAAAAAGUGGAAGUUGAUAUUAGCUCUCAAGAGAAGAAAACAAAAAGCAAUUUACCUGUGGUUAGGAAAAGCAAGUUGCUGAUAGUGGAUCUUGCAGGGUCUGAAAGAUUAGACAAAUCUGGCAGUGAAGGCCUCUUGCUUGAAGAGGCUAAGUUUAUUAAUCUCUCUCUCACUUCCCUGGGAAAAUGCAUAAAUGCAUUGGCUGAGAACUGUCCGCAUAUACCUACGAGGGAUUCUAAACUUACAAGAUUGCUUCGUGAUUCUUUUGGAGGCUCUGCAAGGACUUCACUUAUAAUAACAAUUGGGCCAUCUUCACGACAUCAUGCAGAGACCACUAGCACAAUAAUGUUUGGGCAGAGGGCAAUGAAAAUUGUAAAUAUGGUAAAGCUUAAAGAAGAGUUUGAUUAUGAAAGUUUAUGCCGGAAGCUUGAUACUCAAGUAGACCAUCUCACUGCAGAAAUUGAUAGGCAACAUAAGUUGAGGGAGAGGGACAAAUAUGACUUGGAAAAACAACUGCGGGAAUGUCAAGAUUCUUUUUAUGAGACGAGAAAGAAUCUAGUCACAAGGUCUGAGUUUUUAGAGAAGGAAAAUGCUCGCUUGGAAUUGGAUAUGGAAGACAUUUUAGCUCAAUUAAACUGUCAGAAAGAUCAUAACUCUUUGAUGCAAGAUAAAGUUGCAGAGUUAGAAAUAAAUUUAGAACAAAGCAAGCAACACCAGCUUGAGAAUUCUACAUAUCAGAAAGUAUUGGCUGAUACCACUCAGAUAUAUGAGAACAAAAUAGCUGAGUUGAUCAAGCAGCUAGAAGUUGAGCGUGCCCAGUCUGAAAGUGCUGAAGAACAGUUCGAUGCAAUGAAAAAGCUAUCAGGUGACCAUCAAAAAUUAAUUAAGCAACAUGAGAUGGAGAAUUCUAAUUAUCUCAAGGCUCUUGCUGACACUACUCAGAUGUAUGAGAAGAAAAUAAGGGAGUUAACUAAGCAAGUAGAAGAUGAGCACACCAGGUUUGAAGGUGUACAAGACCAACUGGAUUUGGCAAACAAGCUUCUAAGAGAUUAUCAAAACUCAAUGCAGGAGCAGGAAGAAAUCAGUGAGCUGAGAUUGAAGUUACAAGAAAUGUAUCAGCUUCAUGAAUCUACUGUGAAUGAACUGCAAGCCCUGAAAGCAGAGUUUAAAGAUCAGAUUCAGGAGAAGGAAACAAUUAGUGAAGAGCUUUAUGUUGUGCGAGAAAAACUGUCAGCAGAAGAGAAGCGGAGGAAGACAAUUGAACAUGAGCUGGUAAAGCUUAAAAAAAGUGCACCUGAAGGUGAUAAAGAUUUUGAGGAUAAAAGAUCAUAUAUGAAGGAAAAUAUCAGAGGGGUUUCAGUAUUUGGGACCUCAGCAAGUCUCAAUAAGUCAGGGCCAUUAAGGGAGACACAAUCUGCUCAGAGGGCUACAAUAGCAAAGAUUUGUGAAGAAGUUGGUCUUCAAAAGAUAAUACAAUUGUUAACUUCUGAAGAGUCAGACGUGCAAAUCCAUGCUGUUAAAGUGAUAGCCAAUCUUGCUGCUGAAGAUAUUAACCAGGAGAAGAUUGUAGAGGAAGGUGGUUUAGAUGCUCUGCUUACGAUGUUGAAAUCAUCUCAAAAUGCUACUAUACUUAGAGUGGCUUCCGGGGCCAUUGCCAAUUUGGCAAUGAAUGAGUUGAAUCAAGGCCUAAUAAUGAGCAGAGGAGGUGCUCAGUUACUAGCAAAGACAGCUUCCAAAACAGAUGAUCCACAAACUCUCAGAAUGGUAGCUGGUGCACUUGCCAAUUUAUGUGGAAAUGAAAAAUUACACUCAAUGCUAAAAGAAGAUGGAGGCAUCAAGGCAUUGUUAGGAAUGGUUAGAUCAGGGAACAGUGAUGUGGUUGCACAGGUUGCUAGAGGAAUGGCUAAUUUUGCUAAAUGCGAAUCCCGAGCAAUUAUUCAAGGACAUCGCAAAGGCCGUUCACUUCUAAUGGAAGAUGGUGGACUUGAAUGGUUGAUUGCCAACUGUAAUACUGCAUCAGCUUCAACCAGACGUCACGUUGAGCUGGCCCUUUGUCAUUUAGCACAAAACGAGGACAAUGCCAAGGAUUUUACAUCAAGUGGAGGAUUACAAGAGCUUCAAAGGAUAUCAAUGGAAUCCAGCAGAGAUGAUAUCCGCGAUUUGGCAAAGAAGAUGCUGAAAUCAAACACAGUGUUUCAGGGUGAUACGCGUUCGGGAUGGCAGUAAGAUGUACAGUGUGAAGCCUUGCAAUUCCUUUGUAUCUGUAAUGUAAUUAGUGCAUAGUAGCUUUUAGUCAAUUCCUGCACAAAAUUACACGUCGUACAUCAGCACACAACUAACAAGCAGAUGGGUUAAUGUGACACCAAAUUUUCUUACCCAUUCCAUUUAUAAGAAGGCAGCUUGUUGUGAAGGGAUGGGCUUUGAAGUGGUGGAAAGGAGCGUAUUCACAAACUAGGAUAGACACUGAGCGUUUGAUGGCAUAUAAUUGAUCAAUUUCUUUUGAUAUUGUGAAACGUUUAUGUGGUAAACUUGUAUGGCUUUCAUUAUGAGCGUGUAGGUGCUUCAAAAUCCAAUAGAAAAUUCACUGAAAUCCAA